UCAUUCCAAGCACCACGUGCUCCUCUCCUCCAACCCACGCCCACGCCCACGCCCACGCACUACCUCCCUCCCUCCCUCCCCCGGAGCUCCGCCAAGCCACCGCACCGCCAUGGGCGAGGACAAGAAGGAGAAGCCGGGCAAGGCUGACGGCGGCGACCACAAGAAGGACGCCGCGGCGCCGCCCCAGCCCAUCGUGCUCAAGGUCGACUUGCAUUGCGCCGGCUGCGCCACCAAGGUUAAGCGGGCCAUCAAGAACGCCCCUGGCGUGGAGUCGGUUAAGACUGAGACGGCGGCAAACAAGGUGGUCGUCACCGGCGCGGCGGACGCGGCCGAGAUCAAGGAGCGCAUCGAGGCCAGGACCAAGAAGCCCGUUCAAAUCGUCUCCGCCGGAGCCGCAUCGCCCAACAAGGACAACAGGGACAAGGACAAGGACAACAAGGCCGGCGCCGGCGAUAAGCCGGAGAAAGAGAAGAGCAAGGCAGCAGACAAGGAGAAGGGCGGUGGCGGUGCCGGUGCUGAGAAAAAAGAGAAAAAGGUGGAAGCCGCCGACAAGCCCAAGGAGGAGGAGAAGAAACCAAAGGAGCCCAAAGAGGAGACCGUGACGCUCAAGAUCAGGCUGCACUGCGACGGCUGCAUCGACCGCAUCAAGCGCCGCGUCAACAAGAUCAAAGGAGUGAAGGAAGUGACGGUGGACGCUGCCAAGGACCUGGUGAAGGUGACUGGCACCAUGGACACAGCCGCCCUGCCGGGCUACCUCAGGGACAAGCUCAGUCGGCCGGUGGAGGUGGUCACCCCCGGCAAGAAGGACGGCGACAAGGAAGACGACGGCGAGAAGAAGAAGGACAAGGGCGCUGGCGCUGGCGAUGGCGGCGAAAAGAAGAAGGACGGCGGUGGCGGCGGCGAGGACAAGAAGGACAAGUCCGCGGCGUCCGUGGCGCCGAUGCCCAUGGCGGACCCGAGCAUGUACCAGAUGCCCCCACAGUACGGCUACAUGCCGUACCCCCCGGCGCCCGUCGGCUACUACGGCGCGGCGCCGCCGCCGCCGAACCCCGGCUUCUACCCGAACGCCGGGCCCCAGUACCCGUCGCCCUACGCGACGUACCCCGCCCACGCGCCCCAGAUGUUCAGCGACGAGAACCCCAACGCCUGCUCCGUCAUGUGAGCUGCCAUGCCACGCCACGCCACGAGCCGAUGAGCACGACGCCAAGCCCAGAGUCGCCGCAAGCAGUAUGAAUCAAACCAGAGAAGCACGGCCUGGGUUUGGCGCGCGGUACCAUUAGCCUAGCUAGCAGCUGGUAGUUACGUAGCUUAGCGCACCGAGAAUUAGCAGACAUGUACAUGGCGACAGCGAUCCCGUCCCGCGAUGUAAUGUAAUGUAAUGUUCCACGAUCCAUCCGAUAAAUUUUGGCCCUGCACUCGUUAAUUAUAACAAACAAUCGUUGUUGUCA